AUGUCUGAGCAUUCCAUCAUGAAGUCCAACCUACAGUCUAAAGUUAUGCAGCUUACUGCUUUGGUGAGAACUAGGCCAGAGUAAGUGGGACGCGGGUGGCGCUGUGGGUAAAACCUCAGCGCCUAGGACUUGCUGAUCGUAUGGUCGGCAGUUCAAUCCCCACGGCGGGGUGCGCUCCCGUCGUUCGGUCCCAGCGCCUGCCCACCUAGCAGUUCAAAAGCACCCCCAGGUGCAAGUAGAUAAAUAGGGACCGCUUACCAGCGGGAAGGUAAACGGCGUUCCGUGUGCUGCGCUGGCUCGCCAGAUGCAGCUUGUCACGCUGGCCACGUGACCGGAAGUGUCUGCGGACAGCGCUGGCUCCCGGCCUAUGCCUAUAGAGUGAGAUGAGCGCACAACCCUAGAGUCUGGCAAGACUGGCCCGUACGGGCAGGGGUACCUUUACCUUUACCUUUAGGCCAGAGUAAUAGCAGGAAGAGUUAAUAUCAGUGCAUUCUCAGUCUUUUUUGCUUACUGGAACAGAUGGGCUGUUUCACAUAUGAAGAAAUCUAUAGAUUUGGGAUAGAAACACAGAUCAAAACAAGGGGGAAAAGUGUGAGAAUUCAAUAGUAAGUUGAGCAGGUACUGGAAUAAACUGUUCUGAGGAUGGUAGGAGGAAAAGGGCAGAGUGGGGGAAAAUUCAAGGAAGUCUUGACAUUCUGAAAGGUCUGGGUCCACUUUAGUUUUCGUCUGUUGAGGUCCAAAUGUUCCAGCCUACCUCUUAAGGUAGAGGCAACUUUCAACUAGACAGAGGUGUCAUAUUCUCUGUAGGUGCUUCCUUCCACUUUCUGACCCUACAGUCACGGAGCUCGGUGUGUUCUGUGGCUGCUCCUUGGGUCCCAUUCACCAUUUCAGAUCUACAUAGCAAAUGAUGCACAACCAGCCCUGAUUUUGUGAUGCUGUUCUUGAAGAAUAACUUGUGUUCUGGAGACUCUUAAUAUGUGCAAUCAUUGGAAGUCUUAGGGUUGAUUUACAAAUGUGUGCAUCCACUAUACCAGGGACAGCCAGUCUGGUGCUCUCCAGCUGUUGUAGGACUACAGCUCCCAUCAUCCCUGACUUGGCCAGGGCUGAUGGAAGUGAGAAUCUAAUAUCUGGAAGGCUGUCUCUGGAAGUUCUGCGGUAUUAGAUCCAAAUGGCCAAUGCACACACACAAAAGAGUUUAGCCCUUAGGGCCAGGCUUUCCCAACCUUGUGUCUUCCAGACAUCUGGGGGGGCACCAGAUCAGGGAAGGCUGCCUUAGGCAGUCAAUGAAUUCUGCCCAUAGUGCUCACUUAGAUAUGAAGAAUGGGAUCUUUAUUUCCUUCACUUUUAACUCUUUCAGUGCCUUGAGAUAUAGCCUGCAUAUCCAAGGGUACGCUGAUGUUAUCAGGCAUGUUGUCAGGUGGAAAUUUGUAUCAGGUGUUAUCAGUACAGAUGCAUUAUGUUGUGAAAAGAAAAUGAUACCAAAUGUAUCAGGAUCUCUACAUUUGGAUGUAUCAGGGAAGCCAGGGGAUGAGUUUAUCCAGUGUCAAUCGGUGCAUCCAAGAAAGUACUUUUUCUAUAGAACUGGAUAUAACUUGAAUUACAAUGGGUGCUUAUAAGGAUAUUUUACUCAUGGUGCAAAUAAAUCAGGAGGGGGCUAAUAAAAUGGGCAGGUACCCACUUGAAUUGAUUGUGGAGAAUUCUUAACUGUGGUGCACAUAUCCACAAAUUAAAUUCAUGUCUGUUUGAUUCCUAGAACCCCCAAAAAAGAAAUUGGGAGAUUCUAAAGGAGUAAGCAAAAAAUCCUAAAAACAGUCUGCAAUGAGGACUUGGCAUGCUCAGUGCUUGUAGAACACCGGCUAACAGUUGAGGGGACCAAAGACCAGCAUGUGCAUGGAAAAGUAUCCUGAACAGAAGUGUUCUACACUGCAUUUUGUUGCAGAUCCUACUUUUAUAAUUUUUUUUUUUAAUGGAACUGGAAAUUCUUCAUUAUGUAUCCGUGCCUAGAUACAGUUCAGUCUUAAUAACAUUUAGGUGUGCUACUGAAAUGCAUGCUGCUUUGAGAGAUUAUGAACCAAAUUAACUGCCACAGCAACUAAAAUUAAGGCUGAGGGAGGGAAGGAAUCAGCUGAGAGGGACUAAGCAAUGCUUAGGAGUCCCAGAGUGGCUUUACACAUUUUCAAAGCUGAGUUGCCACAUUUCCAUAUGCAUAUUGGUGGACCCUGCUCAGUGCAAGAGAAGUUAAAUUUUGCAAUUUAUCAUUAGUAAAUCCAAAGAAGGGCUACAACAGUUCUGUAUCAUAUUCCAAGCACUAAAUAUUCCACUUAUUUUAAGAGAGCCACAGACCUGCCUUUAAGGGGGGAGAGAGAGGUUGUAAGGACUUAAUGGUCUUUGUACAUGCAUACUUAGGAAAUUUUCAUUUCAAGCACUAUUUGGUUGCUGUGCUGUUGAACAAAGCCAGUGUUCUUGUUGGGGGAGACUUACUCUAAAUCAGUGGUUCCUAAUUGGUCGUCUGCAUCACCCGCCCAGGGGGUCUGUGGCACCAUUCACAUAAUAAAAUGCACCCAGUGGCUGGGGCAACCCAGUCAGAUGGGUGGGGUACUAUUAUUAUUAAGAAAAAAUUCAAAAGUAGGUGGUCCGUGACUUGGCUUCUGAAAAACGGGGGUGGAGGGCGAGUGUCCUGCAGUACUUAGCUAAUUGGGAACCACUUCCCUAAAUGUCCUCUUGCAAAGUGGUUAUUGCCCAAGAACUGCAAUCGCAGCAUAAAGGAAGUUUCCUGCUGCUCCAUGAACAUCCUUAUAGUAGCUCUAGGUAUUUUAUUGAUUGCCUGGCUCAAAUGGCUCCAUUCAGGUACACUUAUAGCCAGCAAGUACUACAUCACUAAAUGCAUGUGGCAAAAUUCACACACAAACACAGAUACAAGAGACAGUUGGAAGUAAGUGGCAAGGAAUGACUGUUUAUGGCCCUGUUGAUGUUUCUGUAUAGCAGAUUUCAUAUUAAGGAUCACUAAUAAAGCUGUUUCUGUGGCCUUGUCUCUCUUGAGCAAUGACAACAUAGGCACAUCUCAGCAAUUGGGUUUCUACAAUCCGUAAGCUUACUGUAAUGGAAAGAGAGUAGUGACCACUGGAUGCUAGAGGUGCGUAAGAUGUGUGAAGAAAGGAUGCAAGCUUGCUGGAUUUCUUAUUCUAGUUAGCAGAUGAGUGGAUCAACUUUCUCUACAACUACCGGUAUUAUGGCUACACUUCCUUGGAAGGAAGUCCAAUCAAACCAAACAAGCUUACUACCUGGGCAAACAUGGUUAUGACUGAGCUAAAAGGCUGGUGAGCACCUUUCAUAUAUAAAAUGGAGAGACCUUCACAGGUGAACUGUAAAGGUUGCUGUUUGAUAAGCAUUAUGUAAAAAUAUGACCCUAAAAGUAGGCUCCUAUUCAUGCAAAAGGAGGCUCAGUCUACAAAAGCGGACUUCAAAACACCUAGGUAGCUGUCCAAAAUUAGAUGGUGUUUCAGUUCCCGUACCCCCCCCCCCAGAACUGCCCUCCUAUUCCCUCCUGAUAGCCUGUUUGAAUGUUGUUGGCCUUGCACAAGAUUCACUUCUUAGGAUGCAGCAUGUGCUGUCUUUGUCCUUUCCAAAUAGACAGGAAAAAAGAAUGUGUAAUAGUGCCAUGAAUGGACUUUUCUCACUCUUAAAGAUAAGCCUCGUCCGAUUCCUUUAAAUCUACCACGUGCAUUUCAUUGUCAAAUUGAGGUUGUUGUUGUGCAAAGAAGUGAUUAAUGAGGAAAAAAAAAGAAAUAAACUUGGUAUGAAACCACAACUCUCUGUUUUUAUUAAUUCAUUUAAUACAAUUAGUUUUCCAGCGCAGCAGUUCUUUCUGGGAAGCUCUUCAGCUGCCUUGCAAGACAACACAAUUAUCAAUUUUCUCCUAUUCGAGCAUGUCCUCUUCUCACUGUAGUGACAGCAAAGCCCCACUGUAUAUCCAAAAAUAGCAGCAACUCACAUAUGCAGGUUUGAAGAAAUAUUAACCAAACUCCUUAAUCAGCUUAUGGAAGAAAUCUCACACUAAGAAGUUGCAACUACAUCCCCAUACAGGUCAAAGCUUUUGCUAGACAGCCUAGAACACUGUCAGAGUGGGUGUCAGGAGUAGCUCAGUAGUAACUCAGUGUGUCAGUGAAGUUAACUCUCUUUAUGCAAAGAAACAAUACCGCGCAGGAGGCCAGGCCCAAUGAGCACAGCAACUCCUCCCAGUAGAUCUUGCUCCAAUGAGGCAGAUGUGAGCGGCCUUCCCACAGCUCCCUAAAUCUCCUCCUCCCUGGGUCCUACCAAAACAAUCUGGAGGCUCCUUCAUCUUACCUGUCUUUGCUCCACCCUCUUCAGGUUCUGGGAAACUAAGGGGGAGGGGAGCUUGUUGCAGCAGGAGGGGGAGACCUCCUGGCUUCUUCAGCAGCCUGACAUCAUUGCCUCUUGGCCCCCCCAUCCUCUCCAGCCUCCUCUUCUGCUCUGGGUCUCCACUGCUCUCUGUCACACUCUUCCUGUUCACAAAGCCUGUUACCUCUUCAGCUUCCAACUCGUCCUUCUCCCAGUCUGUUCCCUCUUUAACUCAUCAUCGUCCCAUCACUAAUCCCCUGGCUCUGAGAUGUCUUCCCGUGAGGAUUCCCCAGCUAGUGCCUCCCGCCACUCCUCUGUGUACUGCUGGUCCAUGACAAAUGCUGCCCCAACAGUGUGAUCCUGUGCAUGACUAUUAAGAUGUAAUAAAUCCAGUAAAUUCAAUGUAGCCUAGAUUAAAAUUGUUGCCUAAUAGAGCCCAGCUCCUCUGACUGGGCAAGUGGUAGAGCAUAUAUUUUGCAUGCAGAAGAUACCAGGUGCAGUCCCUACAUUUCAAAAAUAACGUGGAGGGAAACCAGUGAGACACUGAUUUCUGGAUACGAACUCUAUAGGAAAGACAGGGAAUGGCAUAUGUCACUAUUUCCAUUAAAGACAUGAGUCCAACAAGUACGAAAACCCAAAAGGAUCUGACUCCUCAAAAUCACCGUGGGUUGUGAUACUAAGCUGAGUACUAAGGAUAUUGUAUAACACCAGCCCCCUGACCUUUAUGUAUCCUCGUUUUUUGUUUUCCUUGGAUCAGGUCCUGUAACAAUAAGAGUAAAAAUUACUUCAGUAAUCCUGAAGCAGCCUGUCCCUGAAGAACAUUGCCAAAGGCAUGCUAUCUGGAAGAGAGAAUAUCUCUGUGUUUGUUAUGUCAUUGCACAUGAUGUUUUUCUCUGCAGCAAAACUACAUUCAUGGAACACUUGCCGAAAAUUUACCUACCGGUAUCUUGAAAAGUCCACAUCCUUCUGUAUUACAUACCCAGUGUGCCAUUGCUAUACACUAGUCAAGGGAGGUGCAAACAAAUGUUUAUUGGCCCACAGUCACUCCAACAUAUGCAUAAAUAGAGUACUACUGUCACUCAGAACACCAAUUCAACUGCCCUGAAGGCUUGCUUCUCUUCCCUCCUAUUCUUCCGAGUUCCACUUGAUUUUUUUUUACUUAAAUAAUAAUAUAUUAUUAGUAGCAUAUUAACAUUCAGAAAAGGCAAAAUUCUUGGGAGACUGUGAAUUAACAGAUUAAUUAUACAAGGAUUGAAGGGUGCUCUCCAAUAAAAAGAUGUCUCCAAAUGAACCACCCUGAUCUCACACUCAAUAGUAUUUUCUCUUUUUCAACUAGGUUGCAUGGCACCUGAGCUGAAGCUGUUCAGUUUGCUUCCACUACUGACAGCCUAUGAUAGGAUAACAUUGUCACCGAUUCUUGUAAACAUGGCUUCAGCCUCUGGAAUCUUCACAUAGGCCUUCACAAUCCCUGUGAAAUUCUAUUUCAUGACAGAUUAAUUUUUGUUUCUUGUUCUCGUGUUUUUUCACAAUUUGGAGCAGAAAACACACAGCUGUUUCAGAACCCUUGUCCUUGGCAAUAACAGGACAGCAUGAGAGGAUUUUUUUUUCUCAAGAAGAGGACUGAAAUACAUGGGUGAUUCAUCAUCCACCAAGAUUAUCAUUAUUAUCUGCUGCAACACCAAGAUUUAAAGCCUUGUCUGAAGUGUUAAGGCUUUGAAGUCAUCAACAAAACAGCAAUACCAUGAUUACUUUGUAACAUGCUUGACCUGAUCCGUUAAGUAAUCUUUCUUUGGCGAUCACUCAUAGCUGAGUAAGAUUGUCUUCCAUAAACACGGUUUUAACAAUGAGUCCGUAAGUGACUGUGGAGGCCAAUUCUGGAUCCACACAUCCUUCCACAGUGGGGAGAUUGGUUUCUGGGCGAGAGUUGAUCACGGUGUGGAUUUGUCAAGUGUGCCUUCCUCUUAGCACGUUUCUCCCUUGCGUCCUGAGUUCGAGUGUCUCCAAAGUCAAUGACACCUUUAACAGCUGGAUUAAGUAAUGCAGAAUACAUAUAUGAAUAUAAAAAUUGUUUCCUGUUUGGCUUGGUGUUUAAGUUACACAAGAUGUGCAGUUUUUCAUUUUUCUCAUUCCCCACAUUUUAAACGAGCAUUUGUUUUGCUUCACGUGGGUUCCCCCCCCCUUUGCUACCUACCCUAAACCUUUGAGGAGGGAGGGCGGGAACUGAUGGCCGGACCCUGUAAUAACACUGAGGGGGAAAAUUGCAUGAUGUGUAAAUACCCUAAAAAAUAAACCAAUUCCUUAUCAGCUUUUUUUCCAUAUAUAAAUUUUUGCAACGCGCACCCUGCGGAAGCCGCGCUCGACGUUAUUUACAAAACGUGCACUUGCGUAUUGAAUUCGCUUUUGAAUCGUGAAUCCCCAGAGGCGGAGGACGCUGCUCAUUGGGCAGCGCAGAAACCCGCCUAAAGAAAUAAAGAAAGAAAAGCAAAGCAAAAGCACGCCGCCCCGAGUAUUCACAGGGCGCGCUCCCGAAACACAAGCGCGCUCUCGGUCUCGGCCUCUCUCGCCAACGCGCGCGAAGCCGGCAAAGCCAGCUCUGCCCCUUCUCCGCCUUCCACCUCGCGCAGGCGCGCUGCGCUCCCGCCGGGACUUAUUUCACCCCGCCGAGCUCGAAAAGAAGUUGAGGGCAGCAGCAGCAGCGGCGGCCUCCCAUAUCCACCCCCGCCCUCGCCGUGUCAAAUAAGUCUCGGCUAAGUAGCUGGAGGAGGGAGAGGGAGGCCUGCGCCUGCGCAGAAGGGACCCGAGGCGCCCUGCGCGCGCGCCGCAGCCCAAGCUUCCCUCAGAGAUAUAUAUAGACAAGCCAAGGCAGCCAUUUCCCUUCAGACAACCCCCCCCCCGCCCGCCCCGCGGGGAAAAACAAACAAAACCCACCUCCUCCUCCUUCUUCUUCUCCACCCGCUCGGACGGAACCCGAGGCCGGGCGUCGGACGGCAAGCGGCUGAGGUAAGGCAGCCCCUCCCCGCCUUCCGUCCACUCCGUCAGGUCCCUGCGGAGCGUCAGGACGUGACGGCGGCGGCGGCGGUAGGAACGCUCGGCCGUCACCCUCCCCUCCCCCCCCCGCCGCCGCCCCGCAUUUCCCUCGCGCAGCCAGUGGCGCCAGGCGCGCGCACGCCCUCCUCCUCGCGCUCUGCGGCGGCGGCGCCCCCCCCCCCCGCGCCUCACGCGCUGCGCAGAGAGAGAAGGGGGGGCGGGCGGAGGAAACACGCGGCCCCGUGCGCGUGCGCGUGCCUGCAGUCGGCGUCGCGAGCCGGCAUUAAAGGGCUGGGCGGCUUUUCCCCCGUGUGGACGGGAGGAUUUCUUCGCGGAGGAGGAGGAGGACCUCGCGUUUCUCCUCACUCCAAGGGGAAGGCUCGAGGGAGGCUCGUGCGCGCGCGCGCUGUUGCAUAUAUACGCGCGUGCACGGUUUGCAUAUGCGCGCGUGGUGCACGGGAGGCUCGCCUCUUUCUUUCUUUCUUUCUUGCUUACUUGCCUCGAGUCCGGUUCCAAAUAUAAGUCUUGUUUUUGUUUACCCUUUAAAAAAAACAACAGAAAACUUAUACAGCACUUUUCUCAAUGGCGAUUAUUUAUUUAACGGAAUUUGUAUGCCGCUUCAUGGCCUUCUCAAUGUGGUUUGUUUGCAACAGUGAUAGCGUGUUGCUGGCACUCAGCUGUGUCAGGAGUAGAGAUGGGAAGGCCUGGGGGGGACGGGACCCGGGAAAGAUUGGAUAUUUAAAGAAUACAUUAGAAAGUAUUAUGAUAAUGCAAAUCUCCUGACAGAUUUAGAUUGAAUCUUGAAGUAUAAGGAAACUAUCAAAGUAAAAUUUCUUUUGAUAAGUAACGGAAAAUAAUAAUAAUAAUGAAGUGCAUAUAGAUUAAUAAACUGUAAAAAGUACAAUGAGGUGAAUCGGACGUUAAUGAUACGUUGUUAUUGUCUGUGUUUGUUUGUAUGGGUUUUUUGUCCUGUUUGUGUUAUAUGUAAAUAGUUUUGUAAUAAUUGUUUUGAGAGAGAAAAAUGGGGAAAUUGGGGAAGAACCUGGUUUCCCCCCCCCAUUUCCCUGAUUUUUUCCCCAGGCCUUCCCAUCUCUAGUCAGGAGAUAAGUGGCAUAGUGUGCUUUCCAAUAUGAAGUCCAACCGUUGGAGAGUUUUACAGUGCCUGCUGUGGCUGUAGACACCCAUAUGGGAGAGACACGUUUUGUUGCAGGUAGGGCAGAAGAAGGCGUCCAGUUGGGCAGGUGCAGAUGUGGUGGUUCUCCCCUCUGUGUUCCUCCCAGUGGUCAUUCCUCCUCUGGUCAUGAUACAGAUAUUAGUUCAUACAAGUGCUUCUUCCUUUUUGCAAAGUGCAAGAGUACAGUCCCCCUCCUCCAAAGGGCCUUGCAACCUGCAGUUUUGAAAGAGGGGAGGCAACAAAAUGAUAUUUAAAAAUUACAAAUAAUUUUGAAACAGGGUUUUUUAAAAAAAAUAAAAAAUGAAGACCACAUCAAUGUUACUCUUUGUAUAAGCUCCAACUGGUGUGCAUUGUGUUUUCCCAAAAAGGAGAGGAUAGGUCACUGCGGCAGUUUACAAUUUGACAUGGGAGGACAUAAAGGAAGGGGGUUAAUAAAAUAAAUGACUUCAUACAGGCAGAGUUUAAAACAAUCUCAGAUUGUUAGAAUAGCCAAAAUACAUUAAGGCAGUAGCAUAAAAUAAAAACCAGCAGCAGAAAGAGCAUUCACAAAGCUCAAGAAGUAUAAGUGAGUCAGUUUUGUUUGGUAGUUGCUGCAUGCAAUAUUUGCAGCAAAAAGGGCCUCUGCUUAAUUAACAGCAAUCUUGCACCUAUUUUGUGAAUCUCAAUGUCUGCAUAUAAACCACUGUAAGGGGAUAAACCACUUCAUUUCAGGCUAUUAUGUAAUAGAUAAUAGAUAGAACUAGUGGCAGGCAGGGAAAAAAUGAGAUGACUGCAGCUUUUUAAACUUCCUUCUAUGUCAGAUUGCUAAAGUGCUGUAUGACGGUGGACCAAACUAGUUGUAUUUUUGCAUUAUCUCCGAGUUCAUCCCACAGUAUGCGGGUUUUCCAGUUUAUUCCUCUUAGGUACAGAAAGCAUAUUUUAUCUGUAGUUCUCUUGAAAGGGUGAGUGUGCAUAACCUGUUUCACAGAUUCUUCCAGUCUGCCUUUUGCCAGAUGCAGUUCCCCUGCACAUAUCUGGAGACGUGCGUCUCCCUUUCAGACUAAAUUAGGGUCUUUGCCAGGAGAUGGAGUGGGCAAAGCAGCAAAUAUGACUGUAGUGUCAACCAAGCCAUGCAGGAAUGACUGUGGUUUUGGUUUUCAUAGACCUUGCAGACACAAACCCUUGAAUGGGUACCAUUUGCUGCAUACUUGUACUUCUCUCUUUAGUUUGCCCAGGAUCCCAGGUUGAGCACUGGAGGUCAUUCUUAAAUCUUAGUUUAAAAAGAAUGCUCAGAUAUCCCAUCUUUUUAAAUAUGCUUACUCAGUUCAUUGCUUGUGAAUUGUCAAAUCUUGCUCAGCGUAGGCUGCAAUGGCUGCUGGUACUGUUUUUCCUUCCUCUUUUUCCCCUUCUGCUUACAGCCUCAUAGCAUGAUAUGGUGAGUCUGCCGCAUAUCUAAAUGUUGUAUACAGUCUCUUUCCCGUCUUCAAAUGCACCCCAUCUUGACUCAGUGCUAUAGUGCUGCAAUUGUGGCUUUUAGUAUCCCCAAAAAAUCUUUAAUAAAAAUUAUUUUUUUAAAAAGAAAACAUCCUCCUUGCUUUUACAGGGGACAAGAACCUCUUAUGACACAUUGCUGAUUUUAAACUUUGUUCAUUGGCUGCUUACAGUUUACUCGUUUUGCUUUAUUUCAGCCUUGCAUAUAAAUCUCACAUGGACACACAAACAUUGCCAGAUACAUGGCUAUAUAGUGGUUUAUUGUAAGAGAAUUUCUAAAAUGCUGUCUCAUUUAAAGAAUAAACAGUGUAUAAUAAAGUCAUUAAAAUAUUGUAGAGCAGAGUAAAUGACAAACAGUGAAUUAAAUUAAUUUUCUAAAAGUGCUUGCCAAAACUAUAUGGGGAUGUGCAUGGUCUAUGAAAAAUCCAUUAUUGCGUAAGCUCCUGAAACUGGUUGCUGGUUAGUAGCAGGAGCCAUGGUGUCUGUGUGUAUAGCCAAUGGUCAGGGAUGACAGAAGUUACAGUCUAGCAACAUCUGGAGGGCCACUGGUUCUCCAUUCCUGCAUUAAAGGAUUAAAAGGGCUUUGGAGAGUCACUGCCAAAGUAGGCAGUACUGAACUACGUAGACCGAGGCUCUGACUUGGUAUAGGAUAGUUUCAUGUAUUCAGCUUAAAUGUCUUAACUCAUCCGACAACCAGUGUACCUUGCUUCUCUGCCCCCAUUGCAUCCUUCAGUAGCUAUCCAGCAGAGCUUUUCUGUACGUUGCCUGAGGUAUUAACAUCUACUCCAGGGAAUGGAGUUUUAAACCGUUCAGAAUCUCACUGUCUUUUAGAGAAGUUUUUUGGCUUCUCUAUCACAUGCACAAGCAGCCAUCUGUUUGGGAUCCAGUUCUCUGGCAUUUAACUCAUCUAAGAUGUGGGCUUUCACAGAAAGAGCCACUAUGUGCUUGUUCUGUUGAGCCAUCUUCCUCUUAAGCACCCUGUCCUUCUGAAAUUGCACUGGAUCUCGUUUCCAAGUGUGUAGUAUGUGUGUGUGUGCUUCUGAUUCCUUUUACAUUCAGAUGUAGAAAACCAAAUAUUCCGCUGGCCAGAUCGGCAGAGCAAUAACCUCUUCACUCUUUGGUUCUGUAACAGCAGAGUGAAGAUUCCAGGAGGGGCUUUCCACACAUUGUUGGUGCUUUCUUGCCAUACGAGCCUUCCUGCGGAUGGCAACCCCAGAUGUGAGUGUUCACAUGGAGGAGGUGGUGGUGGUAACAACUCCAGACAACAUGGCUGACAGCAGUAACAUGGAGGAGGUGAAAACUGUGCUAGUUACCACCAAUCUCUCCCAGCACAGGUAAGCAAACGGUCAUUAUUUAGCCUCUGGGAUGGCUGACGUUAGUGUUGUAAGCUGCUGCACACACCCUGUUCAUUUCACUUCAGUUUGGAUGGGAGAAACACAAUUCAGAACGUAUAACAUUUAAAGGAAACCCAAAGCAGCCUCUGUUAGAUAAGAUUUGCUCUGUUUAUGUACAGCUUCACAAAAAAGGAGUCCAAAAGCAAUUUACAGGGACAACAAAAUGUAAUAAAAAUGCAUUAAAACUAAACAUAUAUACAGUGGUACCUCAGGUUACAUACGCUUCAGGUUACAGACUCCGCUAACCCAGAAAUAGUACCUCGGGUUAAGAACUUUGCUUCAGGAUGAGAACAGAAAUCGUGCUCCGGUGGCACGGCGGCAGCAGGAGGCCCCAUUAGCUAAAGUGGUGCUUCAGGUUAAGAACAGCUUCAGGUUAAGAGUGGACCUCCGGAACGAAUUAAGUACUUAACCUGAGGUACCACUGUAGUUCAUUCACAAAAAUCACCCAACAACAUAAAAUGGGGGGGGGGGAGGGAGGAUAGAUCUCUGCAUGCUGUACAUAUCACAGUGAAUUGUUUUUUGUUAUUAAAGGGAGCAAGGAGAACCUCUUCGUGAAACCUCUAGCAUCGGGGUGUGGCACCUAAUCUGGCUAGAGAGCUGGACAGUUUUCUUCACUCCCUCCGCCUCCAACCUGUGAUUACCCAAUGUCACAAUGACUUAGAAGCAUAGUAUUGUAGAGUUGGAAGGACCACAAGGAAUCUUUCACCCAAUGUGGGGCUUGAACCCGCAACUCGUGAGAUUCGGAGUCUCAUGCUCUCAGGUGCCUGAACGGGUCUUGCAGAGCACUUUGCAAGGGGUUUUUGCAGGCACUGCUGAUUGACGGUGCCUGAAGCACUCUUUCUGCUGAGCCAGGUCUUUUACCUGCCCCACACCUGAGGUCAAAGGGCAGGUGGGGGUGACCUGCCUGAAGUGGCCUCCUCCAUGGACUGGAAGUUCCCCACCCUCGCUUUAGACAAGGCUUUUAGCAGGCAUGUGCAUCUAAUGUUUGAAAACGGAAAGAAAUUGAACAGAAGGUCAACCAUGGCCAUUUCUAGUGGUCUGAAUUUACCACUCUUGAGGUCAGCAAUAUAUGUCAAGUUAAGGCUGAUGACAGCUAUACCCAAAUCCAAGAGUGGAGGGUUUGUGUUCUCCAACCCCACACCCCUUGGUAGUGGAAGUGAAACAAGUAGAAGAAAGGUCUGCUCUGUUGGUCAGGCUACUAGUCCUUACAUCAGGCUUGGUUAAUCCAGAGGCUUCAUCCUGCCUGCCAAUCACAGGAACUAAUGUUGUACACCGUUUUUCCUUUCUCUGUUUGAGGAGGGCUCUGAAGCCAUAGUAGUUUACUAGGCUACAAACCAUUUAACCUGUAGUUCUUACUGUAAUUCCUUCUAUGUUGUCCUUUGCUUGGGAAAGAAACCUUUCUAGUGUUCAGUAAAAGUGAUUUCAGGAGCGGAAGCAAGGCUGCUGCUUCUGUGGUGCUUGUUUCCAUCAUCUUCCUGCCUGCUUGAUGAAACCUCCUGUGGGGGGAAACUUUUGGAGCAUGACUUCUAUGCAAAAAAAUCUGAGCAGUGCUUCCACCCACGAGUUUUGUCAUGGAAACCAGCCGUGCAAACGGUUUUUUGAUGGUAGGAUUAGGUGGAUCUGCCUGAGUAAUUGCCAUCUCCUUGGAAGAACAGAGCAGCGCUGCCUAUGCUAGAAGAAAUGAUAUUAUUGGGUGUCAUGUGGAGAGUUUGAGACGUGCUAAAUGAAUUAAGAUCCGUUCCUCUGCCAGAAUUGCUAUAAACUCUACCAAGAUGCCUCUAGAUUCUAGGAUGUUUAGCAGAAAAAGAACACACAUCUUUUUAAAAGGUGACAACUAUGAAAUUGUUGUUAAAUACCUAAAGAUUGAGUCCUCAGGCUUCAGAAGCUACUUCCAGUGCUGCAUUUCUAAGCUUCGCAGCAGUGCUUUAAUCCCUUACAACUGCUUUUCCUUCAUGCUUAAUAUUGUUUUAACCAUAUGAAUCCGUGGGUUGCAGUCUUGAAAUUGCUGCACUGUGUACAACUUUGUUUUUCCAGGGGAAAACAACUUCCUACUUAAGGGGAAGAGCUGCAUUUUUGAGUAUUAUAGCUGGAAUUGCUCUGGAGUCAUUCUCCAGAGCAAACCUUACCAUAGCACGGGCAGCUUCCCCAUUUCUUUUUAACUGUUUGUGUCUUUAUUUCUUGCUAGCAAUGACCUAAAUGAAGACACCCUGGAGACGGAAAAUGCAGCCGCUGCAGCCGCUGCUGCUUUUACAGCCUCUGCACAUUUGAAAGAAGCCCUGUUAGGUAAGUGGGGUGAGUAACAGAGGCUUGCCUCUUUUGUACCACAGUCACUUGCAUUAGCAGGUAGCAUUGCCAGCAGAAAGGCUCAAGAGCACAUAGGCUAAGGGGUUUCCAGCUCUUGUUUCCAGCUCCUGGAAUGAGCAUUCUGAGGUUGGGGAAACUGCUGGGGAUCUGUCCUUUCCUGAAGGACAGUGGGCUUCUGCGUUCCUAAUAGAAGACCACUAAUGUAUGGGAGGGACGCGGGUGGCGCUGUGGGUUAAACCACAGAGCCUAGGAUUUGCUGAUCGGAAGGUCGGCGGUUCGAAUCCCUGUGACGGGAUGAGCUCCCAUUGCUUGGUCCCUGCUCCUGCCAACCUAGCAGUUUGAAAGCACGUCAAAGUGCAAGUAGAUAGGUACCGCUCCGGCGGGAAGGUAAAUGGCAUUUCUGUGCGCUGCUCUGGUUUCGCCAGAAGCGGCUUAGUCAUGCUGGCCACAUGACCCAGAAGCUGUAAGCCGGCUCCCUCGGCCAAUAAAGCGAGAUGAGCGCCACAACCCUAGAGUCAGCCACGACUGGACCUAAUGGUCAAGGGUCCCUUUACCUUUACCUUUAAUGUAUGGGAAAGUCACAUAGGUCAAGAACAGGACAGGGAGCCUGUGGCUUCCCAGAUGUUGGACUCCAGAUCCCAUCAGCUCCAGCCAGCAUAUUCAGGGAUGAUGGGAACUGUAGCUUAACAACAUCUGAGGGGAUCUCCCCAGCCUUGAUGGAGGCAGUAACUUUGUUCCUGGCCCCUGUCUGUCACCAUUUGCCUAUUUUAUAGGUGUGCAUUCGGGGGGGGGGGGGAGAUUAAGGAGCCAGUGUUGUGUCCAGGUGCUGAAGACCAUCAACCCUGGCUCAAGAUAUUCACCAUUAGUUUUCCUUCCUAUUCCACAGCUCCCUUCCUCCUCCUAUAUUGUUACACUGCACACCUUGCUGCCUGUUUCACCUCACUACUCCUUUAUUCUGGAAUGGUCCAACUUUUCCCCAGGUGCCCCAUGCAAACCCCUAAACUGUAGGGGUUCCCCCAACCCUCUCAAUCAGGUUUUGGGAGGACACGGUGGCGGCGGCAGCGAUGAUGUCCAAUCAUGCAAGUGGAAAUCCCUGUGCUGAUGGAAUGCAGUGGUUGAAUGCCACCCUUUGACCCCCUUGCUGCCCCAGAGGUUUGUGCCCCAUAUCCCUCUGGCUUGAGAACUUGCGUAUUCUUAAACCAAAGUUGGCUUAGUCAGAGUUACCACUUUACCUGUUGCAGGAUAGGUAGAAUGCAAAAAAUUUGUUGCUGUUGUUUAGUCGUGUCCGACUCUUCGUGACUCCAUGGACCAGAGCACGCCAGGCACUCCUGUCUUCCACUGCCUCCCGCAGUUUGGUCAAACUCAUGCUGGUAGCUUCGAGAACACUGUCCAACCAUCUCGUCCUCCGUCGUCCCCUUCUCCUUGUGCCCUCCAUCUUUCCCAACCUCAGGGUCUUUUCCAGGGAGUCUUCUCUUCUCAUGAGGGGGCCAAAGUAUUGGAGCCUCAGCUUUAUGAUCUGUCCUUCCAGUGAGCACUCAGGGCUGAUUUCCUUCAGAAUGGAAAGGUUUGAUUUUCUUGCAGUCCAUGGGACUCUCAAGAGUCUCUUCCUGCACCAUAAUUCAAAAGCAUCAAUUCUUCGGCCUUCUUUAUGGUCCAGCUCUCACUUCCAUACAUCACUACUGGGAUGCCCAAAAUAGAGAGGCCUAUUAGGACAAAAGCAGUUUGUGUGUUUCUAAUUCAGGCAUCUAUGUCUUUACAAUUACCACUUUCACCACUGGUGAAAUUUAGAUUGUUAGCUGCUCAGGACAUAGAACAGUAUCUCCACGUUCAUUGGUUGUACCCUACGAUUCUAUGUAAAUAACUUGAUAAUUGUAAUGUAUCUCAUUUAUGGGAAGCAGUUAAUCAGGCUGGUGCUCAGUAAUAAAUACUUUUUCAUCCUGUUUUCAGUUUUCCUCUCAACUGUAUUUCAAACUUCUUUUGCCAACCAGCAAUCAAUGGUUGUAACCUUUUCAAAAAAUUUUAUCUUUCCCGAUCCCUCUCCCUGAAGUGAAGAUGGCUGAAGGUGAUGAUUGUGUGGAAGCUGAGAUAGUUUAUCCCAUCACCUGCGGAGAUAGCAAAGCCAACCUAAUAUGGAGGAAGUUUGUUUGCCCCGGUAUCAAUGUGAAAUGUGUCCAGGUGAGAUGGUUUUAUAUCCUGUAAUGUGUAACAUUUCCAUUCUCUAAUCUUACGUAUUGCUUGUAAAAGCACACAGAUCCCAGCCCCCACGGUCUCAUCAUCUAAAUUUUUUAAAAAUGAGAUGGAAAGGAAGAGAAAUUGGGAGAAGAAAAAGUUUGCACGUGACUAGGUUUAUAAAAGGAAUUACAGCAAAAUACCUUUAGAAUAAUUAACCUAUACCACAACAUGUCUCUCUUCCCUCCAGUAUGACAACCAUUUGAUAAGUCCCAAGGAAUUUGUCCAUUUGGCUGGCAAGUCCACCUUGAAGGACUGGAAGAGGGCAAUCCGGAUGAAUGGGAUCAUGCUAAGGUUAGCCUGUUUGUGAGAGUGCCUGUGUGUUCCUGCCUGCAGAUGCGGAACUGAAACGUAUCUUUGGGGCAUGUGUGUGUUCCACCACCUCUUGCCUUAGGGAGGCAGAAUUCACAAGGCCCUAACCUAUGCCAUCUGGUAUCUAAAUUAGGUGUCCGUUGGGUAUGUCUCCUAGGUAGGCUUCAUUGAAAUGCAUUUCGGUACAGCUAGCUGAAGCAUGAACAUGCAACUUGCGAGUUUUCAGGGUGAUUAAAAUAAUAAUAAAGCAGAGAUGGACGUUCACGUUGGUUUCGUGUGUUUUAGGAAGAUCAUGGAUUCGGGGAAGCUGGAUUUUUACGAGCAUACGAAAGUUUGUUCCAAUACCUGCCGAAGCACUAAAAUCGACCUGACCGGAGCCAGAGUGCCCCUAACAAGCCAGACGUCAACAGAAUACAUACCUCUCACACCAGCCUCUGCAGAUGGUAAUGUGAACUGCAUUCCACUAGGCCAUGAAUUCUACCGCUGGUUAUGCUGGCUGGAGCUGAUGGGGGUUGUUGUCUGGGAGUAUCUGGAGGUCCACCAGUUGAGACCCUAAUAAGGCUCACUGUACCUUUGUUAGAAUGAUACAGAAGAGGAAUAUCCUUGUUGUGUCUCCUUUUGUCACGGUUGCACUGUUGCAAUCUUGCCAACCCUGCGGGGGGUGGGGGGGUGGCAAUAACAGCCCAGUGGAGGGUGGGUAAUGAGGCUGUUUCCCUGUGCUGUUUUGAAUUAACCGGCUGGUUCUUGGCUGCAAUCUUCUACUAGAACUGGAAGAGACUCAAAUAUUUUUGUGGUCAUCAAUACAGUCACCAACCCAUUCAUUCCAUUGUCCCUGCUGAUCAAUCAACCCAUGCUUUUCAGCUUCUGGGAUAUCAUACUUAAGAGGACAGAUGUCCCACAGAAGGCUGCCUGCAGAGCAAACAGCUCUGAUCAUUACUCAUUUUGUGUGUGUGUGUCCUAUCCUAUCUCCCAAAGAAUAUACCGUAUUUUUUGCUCUAUAAGACGCACUUUUCCCCUCCUAAAAAGUAAGGGGGAAUGAGUGUGCGUCUUAUGGAGCGGAUGCAGGCGGGAGGCUCUGCUCAGCGCUCCCUUUAAAGAGCCGUGUGGAGCGUGUGUGCGGCUCUUCCGGGGAUAAAGUGCAUCUUAUGGUCUGCUGCGUCUUAUAGAGCGAAAAAUACGGUAUCCCUCUUUGAACACCCUACAGGUUUGUUAGGCUGAGAGACAGUAACUUUCCCAAGACCACUUAGUAAGCCUCCCUGCAGAGCAAGCUGUUGAACCCAGGUCUCCUUUAUUCGAGUGUUGCAGGCUACCCACUACAUCACACUGGCUUUCAACUCAGCCAAGGGAGUACAGUCAUACCUCGGCUCCCGAACACCUUGGGAGUCAGAACAUUCCGGCUCCCAAACAAUCGAAAACUGGAAGUGAGUGUUCCAGUUUUCAAACAUUCUUUUGGAAGCCGAACGUCCAACGGGGCUUCCGAUUGACUGCAGGCGCUUCCUGCAGCCAAUCAGAAGCCGUUCUUUGGUUUCUGAACGUUUCAGAAGUCAAACAGACGUCCGGAACAGAUUCCAUUCGACUUCCGAGGUAUGAUUGUAUGGGGAAAGCCAGAAAAACCUUGGCAUUGGUAGCCAGUCUUCCUAGGGGCAGGUUGGUCCUCACUUGGAAGCUGGCAGUAUACAUGCUUUGCAUGUGGGUUCAAUUCACCAACCCCUCCAUUCAAGGAGGUGUGCCAGCUGAAGUAACCAGUUCUAGGCUAAAUGAACCAAUGGUCUGACCUGGUAUAAGGCAAUUCCAUAUUUUCCUACACCAGUGGGCCCAUAGCUCUGUAGAAUAUGUGCUUUGAAUACAUGAGGUCCAAGUUUCCAUCCCUGGCAUGAGUGCUGGGAAAGAUUUUUGCCCAAAACCUUGGUGAACUCAUUGUAAUAGAGUAGCAGGUGGACCUCUGGGCUGAGUACAAGUAGUUAUGUGAAUUUGCCUGUGUACACAUGUAUGUGUGUUUAAUUUUAAUACUUUCAUAGAAGUAUAAACAGCCACCAGACACUUGGUGAAGCUCCAAAGGGUGUCUUCCUAUGUUGAUAGUUUAUUUCUGAUUGCAAGUAUGGGGAUCAACCAAGCUCUGUAUUGAAUAACAAAAACACCAAUAUUGAGACCCAACUCCAUGGUACCCAGCCUUGAAACUUGCUGACUGAUCUGAUGCUGGUCACGGUGUCCUAGCUUGGGGUUGUCAUGAAGAAAAAAUGGAAUCUCGUCAUGGUUUGUGAUUCCAGGGUGGUUUGUCAAAUAAACCACUUUGAAGCCUAUUUGGCAUUAGAUGGCGUAUGAAUUAAUAAAUAACAAUAGCAAUAAUAAAAAUCCAGCCCCUACAAACAGAAUGCUAAGUUCUUGAGAAUUUUUUUUGAAAUUUGUGCUAGGUUUAGAAAUGCAGGGCAGAUGUCUCUUUGGUUUUGUCUGGCAAUUGUACCAAAUUUGUAGAAAAACUUAACGCAACGACAAACCAAGAUAAAGCAAGAGAAGAAUGGCUAUAUCUUGGAAGGGCAAGUCUUGACUUGUUUCGCCAGCAUGCCAACAAAAAAGUGGUUUUGUUGAUGAUUUCUGAAUGUUGAUUUUGUUUCAAUCACAGUAAAUGGGUCUCCUGCCACGAUCACCAUAGAAACAUGUGAUGACUCCACGGACUGGACCACUGCUAUUGGAGGUGAUUUUCACAUGCAGAGCGUUCCUGUGGCCUGGCCUCAGCCCACUACAUCUUCUGUGCCACCACUUCUGUUCCGUAUCGGCUGCCUAAAUCUGAAAGGCUUGUGCGAAGGAAGUUGCAUGUAGGUUGUAAGCUGUGUGGCACUGCCAUCUCUAUGCAUAAGGCCAUGCCUCAGUGGCAGAGUACACAUCUCACGCACGAAAGGCCCCAGGUUUUACCCCUGGCAUCUCCAGAUAGGGUUGGAAAAGACCCCUGUCUGAAACUCUAGACUGCCACUGGAGCAGUGGUCUAAUUCAGUGUAAGCUGGCUUCUGAUGCUUUGUCCGUGAUUCCAUUCAUCUAUUCGCGUAACACUGUCUUGCCUUUGGCAUGCUGGUAGUAACAUACUUAAGAAUAACUUGUUUUACUGGUCCAACUUUUGCUGAUGAAGGAGGCUGCAGCCAGAGUUACCACAUUACCUGUCCUGCAUUAAUGGCAGCUUGUUUUUGUAGCAAAUUCUGCUGUAAAAACUCUUCCUGGAGUCCACCACUUCAGACCGCAGGUGAGCAGUUGCAUAAUUUAAAACUUCCCUGCGUGUAAAAUAACUCAACACCUGCAGAACUCAGAAAGAAGAGUUCUGUUUGGCAUGCAAGUUUUCUAUUUGUAGGGAAUGGGGAGAGGAAUUAAAACAUGACACUCCUCCUUUAAUCUGAAAUGGUAGACUCCAAGAACUGUUUUACUAUGUGACCUCUUGCUUGUGUGGUAUCACUGCAAGGCUGUUCCUUGGCAAAUGUUACGUUCCCGGAGUGAGUCUAUCAAACAGUCGGUCAGCUUUGUUCCCCCUGCCGCUUUGCAGGUUUUUCAGGAUACUCUCACUUUCUUCCAGAUGAUACAUUUACAUUUUGGCGAGGUCUAAAGGAAGCCGGUCUUUUGGAAGAGGUGAUUACCGAGUUCCAUGCGGAGCUCAUGGAGACCAUGAAGGGCCUGCAGCAGAGGAUUCAGGAGCCCCCCUUGCAACUCAGCGGUAAGACCUGGCUUGCAAAUAAAUGGCAUCGUCUUUUUAAGUCUCCUUGUUUAUAGAUCACUUGCAUUGCUAGCACAUCUAAGGAGCGCAGAGCGUUAAAGGUAGUGCUGGCAGUAUAGGGAAGCCUGGUUAGUAACCAGCGUUUUGGACUUUGCGGUGUUUAUUUUUUAUUUUAGCAUUUGCUAUGCACUUUCUGACUUAAUAAUACAGGUAUUAGGAAGUUGAUGGAAGAAGAUUCUACUCACAGCGUUUAAGGGUUUGUGUGUUGCCUGCUUCUGUAGCUGGUGAGUGGUGCAGGAUUUGGCAUGCUGAUUUUUCUCAGCUUUCACUUAACAAUAAAUCUACUAGUUCUCAUGGUUUCAAAGAACGAUAUCUUCUAUACAUUGCAAUAUCAGGGGCGUCUUGCAUAAGGCUCCAGGUAGGUGGGAUACAGAGCUUUAGUGACCUGCCCUGUGUCUUGUUCUUUUUUCUAUACAGUAAUGGCUAUUACAGUGGUACCUCGGGAUGUGAACGGGAUCUGUUCCGGAGUCCCGUUCGCAUCCUGAACAGAACGUAAGACGCAACUGUGCGGGUCGCGUUUCGCCACUUCCGCGCAUGCGUGUGGCAUCAUUUGGACCGUCUGCACAUGCGCGAGCGGUGAAACCCGGAAGUAACGCACUCCAUUACUUCCGGGUCGCCACGGAGCGCAACCCAAAAAUACUUAUACUGAAGUGUGUUUAUCCCGAGGUAUGACUGUAUUUUCCCACCUGUCCAUGCCCUUUGCUGCACUUUCCUGCCUCCUUAGACAAUAACCAAAACUAGUGUGUUCCAAAUUCCUUCGUAGCCUGAUUCUGGGAUGCAAAAUGUAUCAUGAUGAUGGUGAUGUAUCAGUGCAGUUAGUGCAACUUAUUCUGUGUGCAAAGCUCAGAAUCUGCGUGGUUUGGUGGUAGAGUACAAACAGCUGUAUAUAUCACCAAAUGGAGGUGCAUCAUAAAAAUCAUACCUCCUUUUACUUUACUAAACAUUCAUUGCUGAUCCUGGAGAAAAUAGUUUUAAAUAACAUAAGCAUCAUUGGAAAGUAUCAUAUCAUACCAUUAGGGAUCUGGGAUUUAUGGGUGGGCUCUGGGGUUGCUGUUUUAAUUGAGUUUUAUUGGGACGUGGGUGGCGCUUAGGGCUUGCCGAUCAGAAGGGCGGCGGUUCAAAUCCCCGCAACGGGGUGAGCUCCCGUUGCUCAGUCCCUGCUCCUGCCAACCUAGCAGUUUGAAAGCACCUCAAAGUGCAAGUAGAUAAAUAGGUACUGCUCAGGCUGGAAGGUAAACAGCGUUUCUGUGCGCUGCUGUGGUUUCGCCAGAAACGGCUUAGUCAUGCUGACCACAUGACCCGGAAGCUGUACGCUGGCUCCCUCGGCCAAUAAAGCGAGAUGAGCGCCACAACCCCAGAGUCAUCCACGACUGGACCUAACCAUCAGGGGUCCCUUUACCUUUACCUAAUUGAGUUUUAAUAUGUGGCUGCCCACCCUGGGACCUUUACAUGAAGGGUGGAUGAGAAACACAAUUAACAAUAAUAAUGAGCGUGUAUGACACUUUAUAGAACAUCAUAAGCAGAAGAAAAUGAUUUGGGUCCCUGCUCCAAAGAACUUGCAACUUAAAGGCAAAUGGAGUGACACUUACCUAGUCUUCAUUGGGUUGAGGAAAUGGGAAUUUAAAUCUUGAUAAAUAAAAAUUCCAGCAUUGUGAUCCACUUUUUCCUUCCCUCUCCCAUCUCUACAAUAAGAAAAAUAAUGGGUUUCUUUAAAAAAACAAACAAACCCACAUUGUCAUGCUUUUCUCAUCAGUCAGGGUUUUUUUUAACCUGUUGCUCCCCCCCCCCCCAGAUGCUGUCUUGCUCAACAAUACAGUCCAGAACUUCGGCAUGCUGGACCUGGUGAAGAAAGUUUUAGCCAGUCACAAGUGCCAAAUGGACCGUUCCCGAGAGCAGUAUACGCGAGAUUUGGCAGGUACAGUUCCAUUAUCAACUCUAUUGAAACCUCCACAGGAGGACUUUCUGAAGUCAGUGUUCUGUUGCCAGAAUCGUGGAACGUAGUACAGUACUAGUGAAAAGACAGCAUGGUAUUGUGGGUUUGCGCAUGCCGGCAUCGGCAUCCAUAAAUUGUGUCAGCUUCUGAUUCCCUACAUCUGCCAUCUAGAUGGCAAGAGCGGCAGGCAGGUUAUGCACAGGUUCCACAUGGCUUGUAGGAACUGAGGCGAAAGUAGCACUCAUGUCCUGAGAAAUGCUAUAAACUGGGUAUUGCCAUUUCCUUGUCGUAGAGGCAGGUAAAACAUUCCCUUUCAUCUUGUCUGAAAUGCAUGGAUGUGAUACUUUCUCUUCUGCACAUGUCCUCCACUGCGGUAUUUCAUAGCUCAAUCUAGUGUGACCUAUCCUGACGUCUUGGCCCCUUUUGAACAGCAAAAUAAAAGAAAAGCACAGCCCUGAAUGCCAGUUGCCUUCAGAACGUGUUUGUCGGUCACCUAGGAAUCUCUCCUGCACAGCCAGUUGAUGACACAACAAACAUACAGUUGUCACUGGUUUGUUGUGCAGGCUCCAGAUGUGCCCCUCCUCAAGUGUUGCCUAAAAUGCACAUGUGUCGCUAGCUUACCGGGUGCCUGUGAUGUCAUUGGUGAAAAGUCGGCUCCGUUUCCCCUCCACUGCUGUACCCUGUUGCAAUUAUCAUACCAGUACUUGGCUUGCAGAGAGGACUCUUGCAGGGGAAUUAUUCAAUUCAGGUUUUUCCUGUUCAACCUCAGCUUGACUCACUAAGCAGGGGCUUCUCUAGACCUUACCUGGAGACUUGUCCAUUUUGUCUUUUGAGCUUAGGCACACAUCAACCCUCCUAAACAAUGAUGAUUGCAAGGAUAGCGAGAGAAAUAGCAACACAGCUAUUUCUUCCCGCAGCAGGGCUACCUUCCCUUCUGUUUUCCAUUAAGUGUGGCCUGUGUGUUUCAGUAUUACCUUUGGAUUGGAGCUUUCUCCCAUGGCUAAGGUGCGGCUGGGUUGUGGUGAGAUUGUUGGAUUCAGACCAUGGAGUUCCAGGUCCAAAUCCCCUCUCAGCAGUGAAGCUCACUGGGCCAUUCACAUGCAUUCUGCCUCUCCUACCUCACAUGGUUGUUAUGAGGAUAAACUGGAGAAGAGGAAGGAGGAGGAAUGGUGAAAUAAAACUGUACAGUGAUACCUCGGGUUACAGACGCUUCAGGUUACAAACUCCGCUAACCCAGAAAUAGUACCUUUGGUUAAGAACUUUGCUUCAGGAUGAAAACAGAAAUCGUGAGGCGGUGGGAGGCCCCAUUCGCUAAAGUGGUACCUCAGGUUAAGAACAGUUUCAGGUUAAGAACGGACCUCCAGAACGGGUUAAGUUCUUAACCCCGAGGUACCACUGUAUAUUAAUGCAGGGGUGUUGAAAACCAACGGCAGUUAAUUAAUAAAUUGCUUGGAUAAGCCUGUAGAAAACUCAGAGCGUUGAGACAAGUGUGACUCUUGUUUAUGCACCACAUUUGUUCAGCAAUACCUUUCUACCCCAACUUGAAAGGAAAACACUUCAGCUUUCUAGUUCUUGAACUGGCAGCUGUCGAUUGGGGUGGAGGGGGGUAUAUAUUUCACCGUAGGUGCUGCUGCAGCGUGUUCUGCUUAAAACAUUUUUCACAUCAAAGCCACCUUACAGUCAUACCUCAGGUUACGUCCGCUUCAGGUUACGUUCUUUCAGGUGGCGACCCGGAAGUACCGGAAAGGGUUACUUACAGGUUUUGCCACUCACGCAUGCGCAGUAGCGCAAAAUGACGUCACACACAUGUGCAGAAGUGGCAAAUCACAACCCGCGCAGGCACGCCGCUGCGGGUUGCGUUCUUUUCAUGUUGCGAACGGGCCUCCGGAAUGGAUCCCGUUCACAACCAGAGGUACCACUGUACAGGUUAAGAAAUUAAUUCGUUCCGGAGGUCCGUUCUUCACCUGAAACUGUUCUUAACCUGAAUCACCACUUCAGCUAAUGGGGCCUCCUGCUACCGCCGCGUGAUUUCUGUUCUCAUCCUGAAGCAAAGUUCUUAACCCAAGGUACUAUUUCUGGGUUAGAGGAGUCUGUAACCUGAAGCGUCUGUAACCCGAGGUACCACUGUGUUUUAAAGCAAUCCUUGCCAUGCCAUACCACAGUUGCUGUGUCAUUUAAGAAGAGUUGCCGUGUCAUUUAAGAAGAGGAGGCCAGCCUCUGUUCCUGGCUGUUUGGACUUGGUGGGUGCCCUUGCUUAUCCGCUGCCCUUUCUUUCUUUCUUUCUCUCUUCCUCCAGCUCUGGAGCAGCAGUGCGAUGAGCACCGGAAGAGAGCGAAGGAGCUGAAGCACAAAUCGCAGCACCUCAACAACGUGCUGAUGACCCUGACGCCAGUCUCCAUCCCGUCCCCUCUGAAACGCCCCAGACUGACCCGAGCCAUCUCAGGGCCUCCCGCCAUCACCUCCCAGCUCCUGACUCAGUCGGCGCAGAUCGCCCUUGCGCCAGGGAUGCCGGUCACGCAACUGGCGAACCUGCCCAUAGGCAAAGUGGUCUCCACCCUCCCAGCAUCUGCUCUUGGGAAGACCACGGCGCAGGUGACCUCUGCUGGCUCCCCGGCUUCUCCACUGCUGGGCGGAUACACUGUCCUGGCCUCUGCGGGCUCGACUUUUCCCAACGCCGUUGAAAUACACCCGGAUGCUUCCAACCUCACAGUCCUGAGCACCGCGGCCAUACAGGAUGGCAGCACCGUGUUGAAAGUGGUGAGCCCCUUCCAGCUGCUCACCCUGCCAGGACUGGGCACGGCCAUUCAGAACGUUACGCAAAUGUCUCCCAGCGGGAGCACCAUCAUGACUGUGCCAUCUAGCAUUGUUGAGGGCACCACAGCCAAUGAAGACCAUACAACCAUCGAGGUAACCACAGUGGGGGACGAGCCUGAGCAGAAAUGA